AUGUCAGGACAAAACAACUGGGCGGACGAGACGAUGCGGCGCCUGCGCCAGUUGCAGUCGCAGACACAAAGCGGCUAUGGCAGAGGACGAGGUGGCGGCCCCAGGAUGCCAAAGGGAAGCGGCGGCAUCGUCUUGGGCGGUAUGCUACUUGCUGGUGGCGCCAUGGUCGUGUCAAACUCUCUCUUCAAUGUCGACGGUGGUCAACGGGCGAUCAAGUACAAGAGGAUGGGUGGCGUGAGCAAGGAGAUUUACAACGAAGGAACUCACAUCAAUAUCCCCUGGUUCGAGACGCCGAUCGUUUACGACGUGCGGGCCAAGCCGCGCAAUGUAGCGUCCUUGACGGGCACCAAGGACCUGCAGAUGGUCAACAUCACUUGCCGUGUGCUAUCCCGACCGCAGAUCGAGGCCCUGCCGCAGAUCUACCGCACCCUCGGGGCCGACUAUGAUGAGCGAGUGCUGCCAUCCAUUGUCAACGAAGUGUUGAAGAGCGUCGUCGCCCAGUUCAAUGCCAGCCAACUCAUCACGCAGCGUGAGAUGGUGGCCAAGCUCGUGCGCGAGAAUCUGUCACGCCGUGCCGCGCGGUUCAACAUUCUCCUCGACGAUGUCUCCCUUACACACCUCGCCUUCUCACCCGAGUUCACCGCCGCCGUCGAGGCCAAGCAGGUUGCCCAGCAGGAAGCACAGCGGGCCGCCUUCAUCGUCGACAAGGCACGGCAGGAGAAGCAGGCCAUGGUGGUCAAGGCGCAAGGUGAAGCCCGGUCGGCGCAGCUGAUUGGCGAUGCCAUCAAGAAGAACAAGGCCUACGUGGAGCUCAAGAAGAUUGAGAACGCGCGACUGAUUGCGCAGCAGAUGCAGGAGUCGGGGGCCAAGAACCGGCUGAUGCUGGAUGCCGAGGGUCUGGGACUCAAUGUCUUUGAAGGCCCGGAGCUGAAAUAG